AUGACACGAAACGAAACAACUCCAUAUCAGGUCAACCUCACGCUGGCCCUGGCGCCCCUCGAGGAGAGGCUGCAGGCGAAGGAGAGAGCGUGGGAGUCGGAGCGGCGCGAGCUCGUGUCGCGGUCGGAGGCGAACCUGAGGAGAAUGAGGGUCGCGGAGGACAGGUGCCGCGAGGUGGAGAGGCGCAAGUCCGAGAUGGAAGAGGAGAGGCACUCGCUGGACGCGGAGCUCCGGCGGCUGAGGGGGGAGAUCGAGCAGAGGGAGAGCAAGACGGCGGCCAGCUUCUGGCAGAGGACGGUGGCGGCUGACAGGGAGAAGACGCGUCUCGAGAACGCCCUAGACCAAGCCGAGGCAAAGGUGGUGAACUUGGGUAAGGAAAAAACCGAGCUUGAGGCAGGGUUGAUGCCCAUCCAGUCCGAGAACAGCUCUCUCAAGUUCCGGCUCAUCGAGGCAGAAAAGGUGGCAUCCCGCGUCCUCACCGCUGAGGAAGGCCUUCGUUUCUCGGAGACUCAGCUGGAGGUUCUCAAGUCGGAGCUCGCGGCCACGUCGGCUCAGCUCACGGCUGUGCAGACAGAGCUCGCUCAGCAGAAGGCGGGGGCGAGAAAACAGCUGGAGGAGAAGGAGCGCAAAGCUGGGGACGACAUCUCCAACUUGAGAAUGGAAAUGCAGCGGCUUCAGGAGACGAUCUGCAGCCAGGCCGAUCGGGUGGUGGCGGCCUCCAUGUCCGAGCUAAGCCCGACGAAUGACACCGGCGGCCGGGCCAUGGUGACAGCGCAAGACGCCGCACUCUCGUCGGAGGCGGCUCGCAUCAGGCAGCAGGAGCUGUCGAGCCUGAGGUCUCGGCUGGAGGCCUCCCUGGAGCGCACCAGAGUGCUCGAGAAGCAGGUGGAGGAGGGGGAGGAGGAGCGCCGCCGCAUGCACAACGCCAUCCUGGACCUGACGGGCAGCGUGCGGGUGUACGUCCGCGCCAGGCCUUUCCUCAAGUCGGACGGAGAGCAGGCGGCCGAUCAGAACGAGGGCGAGGCCGUGGUUCGCUGCGGCGCCGACGCUACUUCGAUUGCGGUGCUACCUCCGGACGCCCCAAACCGAUCUAUUUCCUGCGCAUUCGACCAUGUGUUCGGUGGUCACGCUAGCCAGGAGGACGUGUUCAAGGAGGUGUCGAGCUUCGUGCAGUCCGCGCUGGACGGGUACAAGGUCUGCCUGUUCAGCUACGGGCAGACGGGCAGCGGCAAGACCCACACCAUGACGGGCUCCGGGACCGGGAUGAUGAGGGGCAUCGUGCCCAGGGCGGUCGAGCACAUCCUGGCCAGGGUCGGGGAGCUUCAGGACGGCCCCUGGAAGUACGGCGUGCAAGCCUCCUUCCUGGAAAUCUAUAACGAAGAGCUGCGCGACUUGCUGGUGGGGCACGACGGCGGCGGCGACGCCUCCUUGGCGAAGCUGUCCAUCAAGAAGUCGGCGGGCGGGGGCACGGAGGUGGCCGGUCUCACCAAGUACGACAUCGACACCGGGGACCAACAGCAAGGACUGGUGGAGCUGGGUGAGAUCAUGCGCGCGGCACAGAGAAGCCGUAGCGUCGCGUGCACGGCCAUGAAUGCCGAGUCUUCACGCAGCCACAGCGUGUUCACCCUGUGGCUCACGGGGGUGGAUGCAUCUACGGGAACGACUCUCAAGGUGCGUUUGCCGCUGCUUGCGUGGUUUGCGUACGCGUGGUUCAAACACAUGCAACGCGAAACAACAGCAACAACAGCGUACCCACGCCACCCCUUCUUCACCGCGGAGCAGACUAACUUUGGACCAGUUCUACACACACCCUUCUCUCUAACUCUGCGCUUACUUUCCGAGCCAGAGAAGCUUUCGACCUUGGAUUGA